AUGCAGCCUUCCUAUAUUUCAACAUAUCCAUCUAUCAAUGACCAUCGAGCCAACUUUGAGAUCCCGCCCGGGACUGCACCUGGCGACGAGAGCCAUUUUGGUCAAGACCAGGUCGCUUCUCUGAAAGACGACAUCAAUACCGGCCUGGACAGCCGUAAUCGAGGCCGGUUUCUGGGGGAGGGCAAUACUUCUCACGAACUUACUACCGUUGACACCUCAAUCACUACAUUUCCUCAAGGAGCUUUUCCUGCAGAUGGUCCGGGUUCCGUUUCCGGCGGAUACGCAGCUCCCAGCAACAGCAUCGACGGAGCCGUUGAGACUGACAACACUUUCACUCUUGAAGAAGCUUUCAACCUCAUUAGAACGGUCAAUCCUUCCAUGAUCACUAACACCGACACCGCUUUCAAGCGGCAUGAAGCUUCCGACCUCAACGAGGCUGACAAAGUCGAACUUGGCAAGGAUCACAGCGAGUUGUCCAUCAGACCAGAUAGAGACAUUUCCGAGCUCGACUCCGGCAGUCUUGUUAGAGCCACAUCCUCUGAACCAAGUGAUUCUGCUAUGAAACAGGGCCUUGGUGCGCCUAUUGCCUCCCAGCUUCCUUACAGCAACAUGAAGAUGGCUCCCAGCAACCAAGAGCAUGUCUCCGCGCCUCAAGACUCACUGGAGCUGUCUAAAGACAACUUUGAUGUUGCCUCGAACAAUUCUCAAAGACAUAGUUUGCCAUUGAGUGUUUCCGACCUAUCCACUCCAGCAAGUCCCACAUCUGCUAGAGGUACCUUCGAGCAAACCGAGGAACCCGUUUUUACCUCUUAUGCCGAUGUCGAGCUGGUGGUGCCUACUCUCCGGAAGGCCGUUAGCCCUGUGCAGCCGGGAGUAAGCAUGUGCCUCAGGUGCCUGAAAAACAGGGCCAGCAAGAGGAUGGAAGAGCUGGUUUCAUGGCGUCUGCAGCGGGGUCUCUACUCCUGCACAGGCUGCUACGUUGGGGCUGGGCCGACUCCCAAUGUCCUCGAUGAGAUGUGCCGUGAAAAGCAGAGGGAAAGACGGAGAAGGCUCGCCGCCGAGGCCAAUGGCGAGACCUAUAUCCCCGGUGGCGGUCAAGAUGCUGAAGCUGGAAUCGUACCCUCGGACGCCCAGUCCACUACCCCUCUACCCAAACGGGGCGCUUCGGCUAUGGCGGGCGGCUGUGAUGUCGCUGAAGGCACGGCCAAGAAAGCCCGCCUUACCAAACAGGAAGCUGACAAGACUUUGGACCAGAUUCGUAGGCCUGGAAGCCCCAAGAGGAGGAUGCAAGGCCUGGGACAGCCCCCGGGUAAGGCCUGA